AUGGAGCAGGAAUUGCAAGUUAUCCAGCCGACACCGGAGACGGCGUCGCAGGUUCCGGCCAGUACCAUCAGCGUUAUUGCGGCACAAGUGGGACGGACCCGAAUAGUUGUUGCGGUCCUAACGCAUGGAGACCGACUAGAGCUUCGUCUGCAAGAAAUGGAGCCUUCAUUGUACGAUUUCGGUCGUACAUUACGUGACACUCUGGAGCAACAAAUCGAACUGAACGAAUGUUUAGUAAAACUGCAGGCGAAGGAAAUGGCGGUGGAGGAGGCCCUGGAGCAGAGCGACGAUCUGGUGGUGGCCCAAGGUUUACGACCGGAACUGCACCGUGCCAUGGCCGACAGUCUGGGCAAAGCGUGGAUGCUCUUCUUCGACAUGCUCACAGCACGCGCUCACAUUCUCGAUAUUGCCUUCUCAUUCCAUCAGCAGUAUGACUGGUGCAUGGAGUAUAUGGACACUGCCGUGCAAAACUUGGAGAAAGCGAAACAUGAUCCGGAAGCCCGAUCGUUGACUGAUAUUAGCAAAAUUCAAAAAGAAAAUCUGGAAAGCAUUAAGGACACCUUAACGUACAGCCAGGAACUGAUAACCUUUAUGGAGGAGUUUAUCGUGCAGUACAAUGCAGUGUCAUACGGAUUAGCGUGCGAUCUGUACCCGGCCACCAAUCAAAUCAAUCAAAUGCUGGAAAAGCUCAGCGAUAAGCGGCGCCGGUUGAAGGCUCUGCUGCAUGAAAUGAAAUCCCUGUCACGCAUGCCGGAUGCGGAUGGCAGCAUGCUAAUCAUGGAAUUCGAAGAUAUCGUCACCAUCUACGAGAACGCCAAGGCCCGCGCCGGUCGAAUUAUGUCAAGGGCAGUUACACCCGAGAAGGGCCCGGUUGUCAAACAAGAACUGCAAAACAUAUUGGAUAUCUGCCAAAACUUGAUCGAACGCUGUGCGUUAUUAUCCCAACAAUCCCACACCGCCCUCGUCGGUCAUCCCGAACUGAGCCAGCGCAUAGCCACGCUCUUUCAGAACCUCUCAACAUCUCGUCAACUAUGGGAACAACAACUUUUCACCGUUGACAUGUGCGUCGACACCUUCCAGUCACUCCAGCGUGGACGGCACGAGCUGAAGACCAUCGUCACUGAUCUGGACCGUAGUCUCAACAGCUGGAAUGUGCGCGACAGUGACAUCGGCAUGGACGAGCGCAUCGAGAUGGCUGUGCAGGAUAUCCUGGGUCUGACCAGCACACCACUCCACCAAUCCAACUUCCUAGCGGAGAAUCCAGUAGGUGUGGAUAUCACGGAGUUGCUGGAAGAGGUCAAUCGCUUUCAGGAUGAGUGUCAAGAAGCGCUGGAUGGCUUGUUGAGUGUGCAACCGAUGGAAGUGCAAGAUGAAACGGGAUUCCAUGGACUGUUCUCCACCUGCCGUUUGUUGCGAUCAUGGGUUGCACGACGAAUGCAUGAUUUACGCGAGGAUAACAAGAUUGAGACGCAACUGUACGCUGUCGACACAUUCCUCUGCAAGCACGAUCUGUUUGUGCAAGAGAUCGGUGAGCAUCAAGAGAUGUUGGACACAAUGGUAGAGGCCAUGCAGGAUGUCAGAGAGACAUCGCCGGAACGGGAACAAGUCGGUGCACUCUCGGUGGAAGUGGGCAUUCUCAUGGAAGAGUGGAAUGAGCUGAUUGCGGCGGUCAAUAUACGGUUGCUAAUUGGUGGACAGUUGCGCAAUGUCCUGCUGACCCUGGAGCAGAUUCGCGAGAUUCCGCGAACGGAGUUACCGUUGCAGUCGGAGGGACUGCCGGAGUUAAGGAAAGCUUGCCAUGAUUUGUUCGUGUCGGUUAGCGAUAUUCCGGAGGAUAUUCUACAAACAGCUAAUUUAAGGGAAGCAGUGCGUCUUACGUGUGAAGAGCUCGGUUGGGAUGUUAACGAGCUUCGUACCAUUCCAAUGGAAGUCGAUGAGCAUGACGCUGAUGUGGAAAUGAUGCCUCAAAAGACCGAUGAAGAAUUUGCAGCCGUAAUGAGCCGAUCGGUCGUGGACUUUGUGUCGCGCUUAGAGCAGAUGAACGACUCAUUGACCAACAAAUUAACCGCCGCAGGACCGACGGACGUCUACAAUUCUCUAAAGAACACAGAGCAAUCGCAGUUUAUCCAUCGUCUUUCGUCCUCCUUGGACAAGAUGCUGUCCACAUUUCUCCGCAUUGAAGCCGUCGGUGCCGGACUGCUGCCACCCGAUGCACGACCUUUGGAGCGAAUUACCGAAGAACCGGUCACCAGUGGGACCAACGGCAGCCCACCCUCUUCCGAAGCAGGCAUUACUCAAGAAAAGCCCGUAAAUCUGGCGCGAGUUUUGAACGUUCUAGCGGAUUUCAACUGGCAAAGCCAAGAGGUGCACCGAAAAGUUAAUCUCAUUCGAAAAGAGCUGAGGAAAUUUGAACCUCCAAAAGUGGCAGAACCAGAAACGUUCAGCGAAACAUUUGUGCUUGUUUCCGGUGAGCUACAAAAGUUCAAGUCUUUAUUCCAAGCCUUCAUCGAGGACCAUUCAGAUCGCCUAUUUGAUUCCCUACCGAAUGUACUUUCUUCUGGCUUUACCAGGGCUCCUAGCCAAGGGCUGUAUGAGGCAGUGCCGUCCGAGAGUGGAGAUGACGACUCCAUAGGUGCAGUUAAACCGGAAUUUCUCAACGUUUUCCACGAUAUUACCGUCCGCCAGGGUCAGCUGGCCGUCAUCGAGUGCCAGGUGCGCGGUGCACCGCCACCGACGAUUUCUUGGCUAAUCAACGAUCUCCCACCCAAUCCGUCCAAACACCAAGUCUUGGUUCACAAUGCCCAGAAUGUUCUGAUUGUCCGUAUCACCGGCCAGGAAGAUGCCGGCAAGAUCGUCUGCACCGCCAGUAACGAUGUGGGCGUGGCCACGUGGACGUGUCAUGUCCAUGUGGAGUCAUUUGCCGAGAUUAUCGAGGAAGAGGACAGCGAAGAGACCUUGACAGAAGCCAUCGUUGAAGCGAAAACAGCACCGGGAUUUGCGGAAGCCUUCGCCAAAGAAAUGGAGAUGGAACGGAUAGCCGGUGUGAAAAGUCCACCGAUCAUUGGACGGUGCACGAUUAUCAGCCGUGGAGAAGAAACAGGCUCUGCCCAUCCCGGGGAGGAGGCCUCCCUGAUCCCCCCGUCGUUCACGCAGAAGCUAUUAUCGAAGGUUAUUCGGGAAGGCGAGAGUGUGUUGUUCGAAGCGCGGGUAGCCGGAUCACCGCUCCCGCAUAUUACGUGGUUUCGGAAUAAUCAGAUUCUGUCCAGCGGAAGUGACCGCUGUCAAAUUAUUCACACCGGUGAUCUGUGCCAGUUGGUGAUCAGUUCGGUGAACCGACUGGACGCCGGUGCUGUUAAGAUAACGGCAGUCAAUGCCGGCGGGGAAGCCAUUUGUAUUGCGGAUCUACUGGUUGCCCCCGCGAGUCCGCGUAUUUCGCAAGGAGCCCUGCAGAGGGACUACCGACAGGUUACUCAUACCGAGGAAAUAACAGCCACAACCAGCAGCAUGGCUUUACGCCAGCAUUCGCCAUCCCCUACCCACCAGCCCCUGAUGCGGGCCCCGCCGUUUUUCACGCGCACGCUGCAUCCCACCACCGUGACGGAGCACGACAGCAUUAUCCUGGAGUGCAGUGUACAGGCGCAUCCCCUGCCAGUUAUUCGUUGGUUGCAUAACGGCGCGGAGUUAACGGACGCCGACAGUUCAAGAAUGCAGAUGACCUUCUCCCAAAAUGGCACAUGCACGCUGAUUAUCCGCGAUGCCCAGAUCAGCGAUGCCGGACAGUAUGUCUGCCAUGCCAGUAAUGCCGUCGGCAAGCGCCAGACCACGACGUUUGUUGUUGUUGAAGCCACUUCCGAUUUGAGUCACGCGGCGGCCGUCGCCGAGCGGCAAGUGGUGACGGUGCCAGCCUAUCCGACCAAGCACGUCUCCCUGGCCAUGCCCAAAAGCGGCAUGAAACCCCGCUUUCUCAACCAAUUACGCACAGCCCAGCUGGUGGUCGGCAGUACGGCCUACUUUGAAUGCAAGGUCAGCGGUGUUCCGCCGCCGACCGUCGUCUGGAGCCACAACGGCCAACCGGUGUACACGUCGGCCCGACGGACGGUGGGCGUUAAUUCCAGUAACGGUGUGCAUAGUCUGCAGAUUCAGGGGGUGCAGGAGGAGGAUGAAGGGGAGUAUACGUGUACGGCCUUUAAUGAGUUUGGCGAGGAUUCCACGUCGGCGUUUCUUCUCAGUGCCGAAAAAUUUUCCGAGUGGCUACAACAAGAGCGGAAACGCCGGCCUUCCGUACCCCGCGGCCUCUCACCGUCUCCCCAACAGUCCCCCGUCCCUGAGUACCGGACGAAGCGUCUUCGCACCCAACGUCCAGCCAGUUCGGAACGCGGUGUGUCCGAAGAAAUGGAGAUCGAUGUUAUGGAAGAACGCAGUUUGCGGGCAUUACCACCACGACCUUUUCGACCACAAUCUGCACCGCCGACUUCGCGGAAACCACAGCGUGUGCCCACCAAUGAAUUCGGCCAACUGGAUUACAGUCUGACCGGCUUGGAUGAAUCGUGGCAAGAAGGCCUGGAAUCGCCACAGUUUGACUACAGUAUGGGUUUUGCCACGCCCGAACCGACGGUGGAAGCAUUUUCGGAACAAGCCUCACCGCAUCCGCCGCGGUUCACCCAGAGUCUGGCGUCUGUCAGAUGUGCUGAGGGGGAUCAGGUGCAGCUUAGAGCUAAAGUUUCCGGGCAUCCCAAACCAAGGAUUACAUGGUUGAAAAAUGGAACAAGAUUACAGUCGCCAUCGGCGCGAUUACAGCUUUUGUAUGAUGGAGAAUUUGUGAUUAUGAGAAUUCGAAUGGCCAUGCAAGAGGACACCGGUCAUUACACCAUUGUUGCGGAGAAUACCGCUGGACAGCAAACGUGCUCCGCAUCGCUGACCGUUGAUCCGAGUUUUCGACGGCAGCAGGGAAAGAGCUCUUCUCAGCCCAAUAUUUUAUCGUCGCCGUCUCACCGUAUCAGCUCACCCGUUCGCGCGUACACGCCUUCCCGGGAGCUGGAAUCCAGUCAGGGAAGUUUAGGACCGCAGUUUUUGCACUGCCCACCUGAUAAAAUCAUCAAAGAGGGACAAUUAGUGCGCUUUGAUUGUCGCGUUAGCGGCAGACCCUAUCCGGAAGUACUGUGGUAUCGGAACGGACAACCAAUUUACGACGAUUUUACACAUAAGAUAAUCGUGAACGAAUCGGGGGAGCACUCGCUGAUGAUCACCCACGCCAGCUUGGACGACACCGGCCAGUAUCAUCUGAUUGUCGAGGAAGCUGAUAAGCUCAUUGCUCCCACGUUCGUGCAACGCUUCUACAAUAUGACCGCUCAAGAGGAGACCACUGUCCAGUUUUUUGCUCGUGCCGUCGGUGUGCCGAUGCCGAUUAUUAGUUGGUUGAAAGGCGCUACCGAACUGCAGCCUAGUGAUCGAAUUCACAUUGAGACGAAACAAGGAGCUUCCACACUGACCAUUCACAACGUAAUGAUGGAGGAUGCCGAUUGGUACUUGUGUACCGCCAGGAAUUCCGCCGGUGUCGCGUCUGCCAAAGCCAAACUGACUGUUGAACCACCGUUGAAAAAUGUUGACUGCGAUGAGGGUCACCGGGCACAUUUUGAAUGCUUAGUGAACUUAGUUGCCGAUCCUGAUUUGGCCAUCGAAUGGUUUAAGGAUGGAGUACCUCUGAAACUCGAUGAUCGAAUUCGCGUCGAAUAUUUAAACGGGCGAGUCACCCUGCGGAUUACUAAUGCCCAGCCCACCGACGAAGGUGUCUGGGUAAUAAAGGUCACAAACCGUUUCGGCGAAAGCCGCAGCGCUACUAGCAUCCACAUCUCGUCCACGGACCAGCGCCCCAAAGGGCCACCCAGCCCGCCGACCUUUGUCAUUCACCCACAAACCGAUACACUGGUCGAGCACGAGAAUAACACCAUCUUCAUCGAAUUCCGCAUCACUCCCCACGACGCGAUGGUGGAAUUCUUGAAGGAUGGACAAGUGGUGCGGGAUUCAUCCCACAUCAAGACCGUCACUUCAGGCGGCUACGGAAUCCUGGAGAUCAAUGUGGCUGGCAGGGAGGAUACAGGAGCGUACACAUGCCGGGCUACGACGUCGUUGGGCACGGUGGAUACGACGUUCAAUGUGGAUGUCAAAGCCCUGGAGCCGGUGCAUCGCGCCACCAUUCCCAGUGUGCAAAUUGCCCCGCUGGAUGCUAGAGUAGACGAAGGCACACCGGCCAGGUUUUACUGUACGGUGGGUGGAGCGCCGAGGCCGAGGGUCAGCUGGAGAAUUAACGGACAGUUUGUGACUUCGGGCGAUCGCUACCGCAUAACAACGGACAACUUCACCAGCAGUCUGGAGAUUCUCCAUACUCGCCAGUACGAUACCGGCGAAAUCACGGUCAUAGCGGAGAAUAGCGAAGGCACCAGCACGGCGCGCGCGCGCCUAACAGUAGCGCCACACAAAGAACCACCGCCGCCGCCACGUUCCGUCCCGUCCUCCCCUACCUCUCAACGGCGGGCCCCUCCGGCGCCCCAGCCACCUCCAAUAUCCCCUCCCACACGGCGUCGUCCCUCCACCAGUGUUCACGACCACCAACCAGUGUUCACGCAGCGACUGCAGCCGUUCCGGACACCAUCCGGGCAACCGGCGACAUUCUUCUGUGAAUUCCAGAGUACGACGGAGACGCGGGUGGAAUGGUACCGGGAGCAGACGCUGAUUGAGGCGUCCACGGAUUUUCAUAUUGAGACGACGGAACGGUCAUCUAGACUGGUUAUUCCACAGGCGUUUGUGGAGGAUAGUGGUAAUUUUACGGUGAAGAUUAUUAAUGAAUUUGGAGAGACGGAAAGCACGGCGACACUGAUCAUAGAAGAACCUCGGACACCAUCUGCUAUUGGUCGGCCCAUUGCCCCGAGUUUUGUGGACACACUACGCGACACCCGCGUCAAGGGCGGACAACUGGCCCGCUUCGAGGCGAAAAUCCACGGCACCGAGCCGAUUACGGUUACCUGGCUGCGCAAUGGCCAGCCACUGCACGAUAGUGACCGCACCAACAUCUUCCGCAUUGGUGACCAGUGCCGGUUAUUGAUUCGCGAUGCCAUCCCGGAAGAUACCGGGUCGUACCAGUGCGUCGUGUCCAACGAGACAGGAGAAGCUCGAUCGGAAGCUUUUCUCACGGUGGAAGGGAUCAGCGCCUUUACCGUGCCACAGGAACCGAUCCCGGUCAAGCAGGAAAACAAGCCCCCAAAGGUCAUCAAGCCGCCGUCCGAUACGACAGCGUUCGAAGGAGAAGCGGUGACCAUGCGGUGUACUAUUGAAGGCAAUCCAAAACCGGAAAUGCGCUGGUAUAAAGGUCCCCACCUUGUCCGCAAUUCCAAAUACUACCGCACAUUCGUGACGGAUAACGUGUGUACACUGGUUAUCCGCGAAGCGCUGCACGCUGACGAAGGAGAGUAUCGAUGUGUGGGGAAGAAUCCGUUUGGACAAGCAGAAGAUUCUGCAUACAUUCGAAUAUUAGAUGUUCCAUCAGAAGCGGUGCAGUUAGUCGGGGAAAAACUCGGCGAGCGCCGCGUGGCGAUAGGGGAAGAUUUACCCUUUGCCGGACCGGAAAUCGAUGUUCCUUUACCGCCUACAGUGGAAGCUUACCGCGGAGAGGAGAUCAAACUGAGUUGCUCGGUUAAACAUGUUCUGCCGCAUCCAUCGUUUGCUUGGUACAAAGGCGAUCAAAUGAUUCAUCCAGCGGGAGAUUUUACGGUUUUCGGUGACAAAUGGACCUACUCACUGACCAUCAAAGAAGCCUACCCGGACGACGCCAGCCAGUACACCUGCGUCAUUUGGAACGAAUUCGGGCUAGUGAAGAGCACAACAUCCAUCACCGUCACCGAACCCCCACCGCCGCCUCCUAAGGCUCCCAGUCCGGAAGAGCCCGAGUACACGUUUGUCGAAGAGACAUACGCCGUCGAAGAGACCAGCAGUCUGAUGCAAGAAACCAUUCGCCGCUUCCGCAAGAACCUUCCCACGUUCACACAAGCACUGCCGGAGCGGAUGAACGUGGUGGAAGGGAAGCAGUAUGAACUGCACGCUCAAACCGUCAGUGAUCUGCCGACGACGUACGACUGGCAGGUGGAUGGACGGGAGAUCCGCCAUUCACCGGACUACCAGAUUCAAGUGGGUCCGGAAGGAUCGACGCUGACCGUGACCAGUGCGUCCCGGCUGGAUAGUGGGCACUAUGUCGUGCGGGCCAGAACGGAUCAGGGUGAACAAGUCAGCCGGGUGGACGUGAACGUUAAAACCCGAACUGCGGCAGCGGACACCCAGCAAGCGAUCAAACCUCCCAGCCCGGUGCCCACCUUCGAAGUCUACGAUACAACGUACGAAGAAGAGCGCUCAGAAAACAUCAUGAAGGAAUCUGUACGCCGCAUCCGACCGGUUGUACCUCGCUUCACCAAAGCACUGGCCAGUUCCAUGACCGUCUACGAAGGUGAACGGGUGGAAAUGGAAGUGGAGGUCCGCUCCAAGGAGCCGGUGGCCUUUGAGUGGGAGCGCGACGGUGUAGCCAUUACCCAGUCGACGGAUCGACUGUAUGUGGUCAGCGGAGAGAAGAUCUCGGUGUUGAAUAUCACCAUCACGACGAUGGAAGACCAGGGCCGGUACACGUGCUAUGCCAUCUCCGAUGCCGGGGAGAAGUCCACUACCACCAAACUCCAUGUGAUUCGUAAGUCCCGCUGCGAUUGUUGUGUGAUCUUCUGGUGGAUUGUCUUUCUGGUUGGUCUGGUGCUGUUGUAUGGCUGCUUCUAAAAAGCUCUCUUGCCUCUUGUCCUGUCUUUGUGCCUUCUGUCCGAAGCACUGUGAAAGCUUUCUUCGCGUAACAAAACA